CCGGAAGCUCCUCCACGUGUGUCACUGGAGGAGACCGAUGCUGCAGGAAUUGCGUCGCUGACAAGUUUCAGCAUCUGUUGUCAUUGUAAUAAAGGGACUGGACGUGUUCACAGAUCGCACGGCAUGAGUUUUGCGGAAUACAGACAGCAAAUACAAGAUGGUGACACCGCCAUUAUCUUUCUGGGACAUGACUCCAUGUUCCCGGUGACUAUCAAACAUGGAAGCCAGACACAGACUAAAUAUGGGGUCAUGAGACACUCCACCGACCUUAUUGGGAAGAAGUAUGGCUCCAAGGUGACCUGCAGCAAAGGAGGAUGGGUAUACAUUUUGUAUCCAACCCCGGAGCUCUGGACAAUGAACCUGCCUCAUCGGACUCAAAUCCUUUAUUCUACCGACAUCUCGAUGAUCACAAUGAUGUUGGAGCUGAAGCCGGGCUCUGUGGUUUGUGAGUCAGGUACUGGAAGUGGCUCUCUGUCCCACGCCAUCAUACCACGGACAGUGGCACCAACAGGUCACUUGUACACUGUGGAGUUCCACCAGCAGAGAGCUGAGAAGGCCAUUGAGGAGUUCUGUCAGCACAAAGUGGAUCAUCUGGUAACAGUGAAGAAUCAGGAUGUGUGUAAGAAUGGCUUUGGGGUGUCUCAUGUUGCAGAUGCCGUUUUCUUGGAUAUACCAUCACCCUGGGAGGCCAUCGGACAUGCAAAGGAUGCUUUAAAGAUUGAAGGUGGUAGAGUGUGCUCCUUCUCACCAUGCAUAGAACAAGUACAGAGAACCAGUCUAGCCCUGGAUCAACAUGGCUUCACCGAGAUCAACACCCUAGAGAUCCUCCUGCGUGUUUACGAUGUCAGAGGUGUCAGUCUGCCAGUCCCAGAUUUUGGGACGCCUGCAGAGGAGAAAGGAGAUGCCAAUAAGUCCAAUCAGUUUAGAAGCGGAGUAUCGCCCAGAGAAAUGGUGGGUCACACCGGGUACCUGACCUUUGCCACCAAGAGUUUAUUUUAG